GCAGGCAACAAUUGCCAGCGGCGGAACCCCCACACGCUCCACAUCUCGCUCGCUCGCUCACCGCCUGCUAGGGUUCGAGUCCGUCGAUCUCCGCCAUGGACGCCGCCUCGCUCAUGGGCCCCUCCUCUGCCGACGCGCCCACCGACGGGGAGCACCGGAUGGGCACAACCAUCGUCGGCGUCUGCUACGACGGCGGCGUCGUCCUCGCCGCCGACUCCAGGACCAGCACCGGAAUGUAUGUGGCGAACCGUGCUUCGGACAAGAUUAGUCAACUGACUGAUAAUGUCUACGUCUGCCGCUCUGGAUCUGCUGCUGACACACAAAUUAUUUCGGAUUAUGUACGUUAUUUUCUCCACCAGCACACAAUCCAGCUUGGGCAACCAGCUACCGUGAAAGUUGCAUCCAACUUAGUUAGGUUAUUGGCCUAUCAGAACAAGAGCAUGUUGCAAGCUGGAAUGAUAGUUGGUGGAUGGGACAAAUACGAGGGAGGCCAAAUUUACUCUGUCCCUCUUGGUGGAACGAUUCUGAGGCAACCAUUUGCAAUUGGAGGAUCUGGUUCCAGUUACCUGUAUGGAUUGAUGGAUCAUGAGUGGAAAGAGGGUAUGACCCAGGAAGAAGCUGAGAAGUUUGUGGUGAAGGUGGUUUCCCUUGCCAUUGCUCGUGAUGGUGCUAGUGGAGGGGUUGUUCGCACUGUUACUAUUAACGAGGAGGGUGUUAAGAGGAGCUUCCACCCUGGUGACAUACUGCCACUGUGGCAUGAAGAGAUGAAGCCCCAGAACUCGCUCCUUGACAUUCUCGCAGCUGGGAGCUCUGAUGCGAUGGUCCAGUGAAAUCCUAUUGUACCGAUGUCUUGUUCUAGAUUUGGGCCGAACGUUGCUUGGAAUAGAUUCUGCUGACACCAACUUGUUUUCCUCCUUGUUAUUACAACUUAAAAAAGUUCUGGUGUUCAUGCGUGCCUUGCGGUGCAACUUGACUAUGACAUAUGCUUGUGGCAACACACACGGCUACGUCUUGGUCGAGGAAAUGCAAUCCGGCAUUGCUUGCUGGAAAGAUGUACCUGCGAAAGCUAGAUGCUGAAACUUAUACUUCCUGGUGUAGUAGUGGAUAGUCUCCCUGGAAAGGAAAAUAAAUCUAGAACUGCGUAGAGCAAUAUGGCUUAGUUUACUUUAAAAUUUUGGGUGACCUCUUUAACAUGCCUGUAGAAGCGCUAACAUGAAAUGGACGAAUUAAACCCAGGUUUUUGACCACCCAGAUGAAGAUGCAAAGCAGGUUUCCUUUUUCUUUUUCUUGUUAAAACCGUCAGCACCCAGGUUUCGCCUCUGCCUGGCUAGUAGUGGAAACUAUGUCUGGUUUGUUCCUGCACUGGUUUCAGAUACAACGGUUGCCUGUGUGUAAUUCAAUUAUACUGAUGUUUCUGCA